UUCGUUUGCAGACGGUGCGAGUCAAAUGUCUGUCGAUUCUUGACUCUACUGCCGCCUAUUUCAUGGAUUUUACAGUUCUUCUGAGGAUAUACAGGUCUAGUUUUUGCUUGGAUGUGGCUGUUUGUGCUGGUUUGGGGGUAGGAAGUUGCCACGCUGGAUGAGAAAACGCUGAGUCGGUUAGAGACCAAGAGCGGCUGUUUGCUCACGCGUCGCUUGGCAGAGACGCAGGGCUCGGCAUUGCCGACAACGCAACGUGAUAAGUGUCUAGAUGGUCUAUCGUGUGUUUUCCUAUGCUACUUGUGCCUGUAUAUUUUCCUACGGCGAACAAUGACCCUUUUUCCAAGCCCGCCCUCAAUUAUUUACUAGAGGUGGAGGAUUUUUUUGGGUGUGUAUUCGAGAAACUAAAACUUGACUUGGUAUUUUUAGGGUUUUCUAUUUCAGAUUUUGAGCGAAUACUUCCCUCUUUGUAACACCAAACAAUAAGAUUGCGCCAAGGAGAUUCUGCAGAAGAGUCUAAUUCGGUAUGAAUGUCUGGAGCAUCUCGCAAAAAAAAAAAAAAAUGAACAAAUUAGAAGUUUGAACUUCAGCAGAAAAGUCGGCUGCUAAUUGAAAAGGAAAAAACAACGCCGCUAAUUAAUUCUAAUAAUUUUAAACGUCCGUACCCGCGCAACAUGUGCUGGUUUGUUUUUUUCGAAUCUCAAAAGUCGGUUUUAAAUAACGUCCUAAUCAAAAACUAAUCACAUCGGUACACAUACAAAUUAUUAAUACAAACCUCAAGUGGAUAACAUUUUUUCCUCCUGUUUUCAAAAAUUUACGGUAGAGGUCUCUUGCCUAUUCGAUGGAUGGAGCAGCAAUUUUUGGCGGGCUGAUUUUGCUUGUCUAGGCUGGAUUUUCUUUUCAAUUCAAGAAGCGGGUUGGCAGCGCUAUGUAAUUGCCAGUUAAACCCACUACACGGCACUGCACUUUCGGAGUUUCUGUAUUUGAAUAGAAACAAUGUAUCGACCUGUAACUGAGGAAAUACCCCCAGACGAGAUCGCGCUGGACACCCCUGUUGAUGGGGUCGCACCGGUUGGGGAAGGAGUUGGUGGAGAAAGACCGUGUCCCGGCGGUGGGGAGGACGGGGAUGAAGACCGGCCCGUAGCGGAUCAUUCGGCGGUGGCUGACCCGGGUGUUGAGUUCAGCUCGUCUCGGUCCAGCCCUGGACUAACGGGACAGCAUCAGCCAAGGAACAGAAUACAGUUGAAAUGGGAACCUCAUUAUCUCACCACCUUGCCAGGAAUUAUGAAAAUGCUACAGCUGAUCCUGACACUAGUUGCCCUGAUAUGCGCCACGUCCAUCAGUUAUAAAGGCAUGUACUAUCUGUCCCUCCCGGCAGCGUGGAAGUUCAGGGUGUUUACCUUCACCUCGGUGCUGUCUUUGCUGUCUUGUGUAGGGUUCCUCUUUGUCCGUGCCACCAACCUGGCAAGAGUGUUGCCGGUCGACUGGCUUAUGGUGGUAAGUUCACGAUCACAUCUUUGUCUUCUUUUCAAGAUUGUUUAG